AUGGAUAGGGAAGAAAAAUCCAGCUCGAGACACCGAGAUUCCGAUCGAGACAACCAUUAUAUACAUCAUUCUUCUUCGAAAAACAAGUCUGAUGACAAUCGCUGCCAUAGCCACAGUCACCAUAGGUCUAAGUAUGGGGAAGACUCCAUUGAGAGAGAGAAGUCAGCUGAGCUAAGAAGCGAGCCCGAGGUAGACAGACAUAGAAAUAGGUCUCGCGAACACGGAAAAUCGAAAGAUCGAGAGAAGUCGUAUGAUAGGGAGGAUUCGACGGAGAGGAAGAACAGUAAAAGGAAAGAGAGAGGAAGCGAGAGCGGAGAGGAUAGUGAUGGCGGCGUCGGGGCCAAGAGAGUUAGGGUUUUGGAGGAUAGGAAUGAGAAGAGGAAGAAGUUUGAGGGUUUGUCACGUGAAGGUUUAGAUGAGGCAAAAAAAAUUUUGCAAAGGCUGAAACAGCUUCAAGAGAAAUGUAAGAAGAUUCCAGUGUUGAACAAGGCUUCUGGGGUGAAGAUUCCGCCGUUGCUACUGGAUGUUGUUACCAUUCAGCCGAAGCCAGCUGCCAAAGCGCAUGUUCUUCGGUUGGAUGCUUUGGGUAGAGAAAUUGAUGAACACGGAAAUUUAGUAAAUGUGCCAAAAGUAAACACAUUGAGUACUCUCAAGGUCAACAUUAACAACCAGAGAAAAGAUGCUUUUCAGAUACUUAAGCCGGAAUUAGAAGUUGAUCCGUCCGAGAAUCCUCAUUUUGACCCAAGAAUGGGUAUUAACAAAACCAAGAUUCUAAGACCUAAGAGGAUGUCGUUCCAAUUUGUGGAGGAAGGGAAAUGGUCAAAAGAUGCAGAGAUGCUCAGAUUUAAGAGCCAAUUCGGAGAAGUACGAGCGAAAGAGCUAAAGGCAAAACAAGCACAACUGGACAAGGCAAAGGCGGAAACCAAUAUCAAUCCGAAUUUGAUUGAGGUGUCGGAGAGGAAGGUGGUUAUCAACAAAGAGAAGAAGCCCAAGGAAGAAGUAAUUCCAGAAGUUGAGUGGUGGGACAUACCUUUUUUACCGUCCGGGAAUUACAAUGAUAUCAUCAUAGAUGGUGAUUUAAUAACUGAUGACAAACUAGUACUAAAGAUGGAUAAGAUCACCAUUUAUGUCGAGCAUCCUCGUCCGAUCGAACCUCCGGCCGAACCGACUCCUCCUCCGCCUCAGCCUUUGAAACUGACUAAAAAAGAGCAAAAGAAGCUCCGCACUCAGUGUCGCUUGGAGAGGGAGAAAGAUAAACAGGAGAUGAUUAGAAAAGGCCUCCUUGAGCCACCAAAGCCAAAACUAAAAAUGAGCAACCUCCAUAGAGUUACCGGAACAGAAGCAGCGCAAAAUCCAACAAAGCUUGAAAUGGAAACUAGAAGAGCAGCUCUUGAGCGGGAGCAGGCUCAUAUUGAUCGGAAUAUUGCCCGGAAACUGACUCCAGCCGAACGCCGCGAAAAGAAAGACAGAAAACUGUUUGAUGGCCCAAACAUUGCGGAAACUAUGGUCUCGGUUUACAAAGUCGGUAGCCUUGCAAAUCCACAGGCUCGAUUUAAAGUUGACGCAAAUGCUCAUGAGAAUCGUUUGACUGGUUGUGCUGCUGUGAUUUCCGAAGGCAUAUGCGUUGUGGUGGUGGAAGGCUGUCCGAAAUCCAUCAAGAGAUAUGGGAAACUUAUGCUGAGGCGUAUUAAUUGGGCCGCAGCGGUGGUGAAAAACGAUGAGGAAGAUGAAGAUGACGAUAUAAAUGAUGGUGCCUUUGUCAACAAGUGCAUGUUGUUGUGGCAAGGUUCUGUUGCAAAAUCAAGUUUUCAUAGAUUUUCCAUUCAGGAAUGCCUGACAGAAGCUGCUGCUCGGAAAAUAUUCUCUGAUGCUGGGGUUGGUCACUAUUGGGAUCUUGCUCUUGCCUCUUGA